AUCUUUAAUAGAAAAUCAAGUUUGGUAUCCCUACUUUGUAAUGCAACAAUUUAGCGCAAUAGAGGUUACCGGCAUCUCGAAGGGAAGUGAUUUCUGAUUUUGUUUACUGUUAGGUAUUAUCAGUAAAUUUAUCAAACAUCUUAUACAAGACAAUUAGAUUAACUCGUGCUAUCAUUGAAUUUUUCAAGUGCUCCAAUACGAAUUAGGCAGUUUAAUUGGUCUAUUCUCUAGAGUUCAGUUGGAAUUACCUUCCUAUAACCAACGUUAAACUUAAUUUCUAUAUAUAGUAGACAGCUUUUAUUCUCUAUUAUAUCUUGCCCAAUACUUGUUGGUAGUGACCACAAAUACGUCUAAAAAUCAUCAGCCGCUUAUCUUGGUUUUUUUUUAGUUGGUUCCUGACGCCUUUUGGUUUCACAUCGCUGUGCCACAAUGCCAAGUCCUUUACGUUGGGGCAUUGUUUCUGCCGGGAAAAUAAGUCAUGAUUUCUGCGUUGCUCUAUCUACUCUGCCCUUUGAUGAACAUCAAAUGACGGCAGUGGCUGCCCGUGAUCAAAAGAGAGCUGAAGAGUUUUCAAAAAAGCAUGAAAUACCAAAAGCAUUUGGAAGCUAUGAGGAACUGGCAGAAUGCCCGGACGUAGAUAUUGUUUAUGUUGGUGCUCUGAAUCCACAACAUUUUGAAAUAUGUAUGCUGAUGCUGGAACAUGGUAAACAUAUACUGUGCGAAAAACCAUUAUGCAUGAAUCAUAAACAAGCCAAAAAAUUAAUACAAUAUGCUGAGAUAAAGAAAUUGUUUCUCAUGGAAGCUGUAUGGUCACGAUUUUUCCCUGCAUAUCAAUAUGUUCGAAAGCAGAUUGCUAGCGGUGUUUUGGGAGAAAUACAAGAGGUGGAUGUACAAUUCGGAUUUGAAAUUGAACAAGUCGAUCGAGUAAAACAAAAUAACCUAGGCGGUGGUACCAUACUCGAUUUGGGUAUAUAUACCAUUCAGGUGUCUCAAUGGGCUUUCCAAGAACCACCACAGAAAAUUGUUGCCAAAGGCACCCUCAAUGAAAAUGGCGUGGACAUAGAUGUCGAAACAGAAUUGAUAUAUUCUGGAAAUCGUAAAUCUAAAAUGCGCACCAGUGCUCUGGGUGAACUCGAUAAUAAAGCUGUUAUUAAGGGAACAAAAGGACAAAUUACCCUUCUGCAAUUUUGGUGCCCCACAAAAUUAAUUGAUAUUGAUGGCCAGGAAAAGGAAUGGGUUUUGCCCAAAGGAAAGCAUGCUACUAAUUAUACUAAUUCCGAAGGUUUGCGUUACGAAGCCGAGGCUGCUCGUGUUUGCAUUCUAGAGGGCAAAUUGCAAAAUGAACACGUCACACACAAUGACAGUUUGCUAUUUGCGCAAAUUGAAGAUGAAAUUCGUAAACAGGUGGGGGUCGUCUAUCCCGAGGAUAAGUAAUUUAUGAAAACUGCAAGCAACAAAUAGGUCUUAAGUAAUAAUUUAUCUAAGGGUAAGCUUAUUUGCAACCAUUUUAAUAAUAUGGCAAAUUUUAAAGGAGAGAAUGUUUUGAUAUAUGUAUGGUACAAUAAUAAAAAUUAAUAAAUUUUGGAGCUCCACAGAAAAAUAAUGAUAACCAAGAA